AUGCGACUGACUGGCUUCCUCUGCCUGGCACUCUGUUCAGUCGGCGUGGCCGUUCUGGCCGACCAUCAUCAGCCAUGCCGUGGCCCCGAUCAAAUGCAUGGAACCCUCUUUGUGACUGCCUCUAAAGGGGCCCCUACUUCCGUGGGCGAGUUCCAUUACGACGCCAAGGCCAAAAAGCUCCACUUCAAAGACGACGAGAAGCACGUCAACAAGACGGACCACCUGGAGUUCCUGAUUCUCUUCGACGAGGGCAUCUUCUAUGACUUCGACAGCCACAACCUGAGCUGCCACAAGAGAACCCUGGGCAACAACUACCACAUCCUGGAGAUCCCCGCCAACUCCACCCACGUGACCGAGGGCUACCUGGGCCACGAGUUCGUGGGAGACCAGGGCGUUCGCAUGAGGAAGUGGAGGAAGAGGAUCCCAGAGUUAAAUGGUGUUCUGACGGUGGCCACCACCUCCUGCGGUUGCCUCACGCUGACCGGCUCGCUGUUUACCGAAGCCGAUGACGUCCUACUCUUCACUUUCCUGGACGUGGAGACGGAGCUGAGGAACCCCCAGGUGUUCGUGCCCCCCACCUACUGCGAGAGGGCGGCCCUGGAGGACGAGACCGACACCUUCUUCGGCCUGUUCCACUGA